GCCAGUCUAAUUAUUUCUCUCGACCUUGCCCGCGCUAGGAUGCCCUGCCUCCGCCCAAUCCCCCUCCGCCCAUCCCCAAACCCUAGCGCCAAUUCACCCUCCCUCCAUUCCAGACCACCAAUGCUUUCCGCCGCCUUCAGAACUUCCCUCUUCGCCCGACCCACGCCCAGGGGCCGCCUCGACAACCGCACUCCCAUUUCUUGUCUUCCUCUCAGAAUUUACCCUCCCCCGAUUCGAUCCUGCAACGGGCGCAGGAGCUUUCUUGCCUCCAUUUCCAGGAGCCUCUGCUGUUCCACUGGCAGUAGAGUCGCCCGUUCGCCAGUUGGCAGUGGUCUUGAUUCCGAUACGAGAGCGAUGCCUUCCUCGGACCAGAGAGUUCCAGUUCUUGAGCUGGUUCGAUCGCGGGGUUUCCGUUCUCUGCUUGCGAUGAUUGCCUGCGGGUUACUCGCGGCAAACUGUGGCAGAGUUCUUGCUGCAGAGGGAGUUGCGGAGUCUGGCAUUCUGGCGUUUGGUUCCAAAAAAGCAGUUUUUAGUGGGUCGUGGCCUAAGUUGUUACAGGUUCUUGGCGUGCUUCGGGAGCAAGGUUUGUUUUUGGCUGCGCUGCUAGGGAUUUCUGCCUUCUUUUCUAUGGCGGAAACUUCCAUCACGACUCUGUGGCCUUGGAAGGUUCGUGAAUUAGCUGAAAAGGAUCCUGAAAAUGGUGUGUUCAGAAUGCUUCAGAGUGAUGUUACUCGGUUUCUGACAACCAUUCUCAUUGGCACAACUGUGGUCAAUAUUGGUGCCACAGCACUUGUUACGGAUGCAGCAACUGCAAUUUUUGGAGAAGCUGGAAUUAGUGCAGCAACUGGAGUCAUGACUGUUGCUAUUUUGUUGCUAACAGAAAUUACACCAAAAAGCAUUGCUGUUCAUAAUGCCGCGGAAGUAGCUAGGUUUGUUGUCAGACCAGUAGCAUGGCUUUCAGUAGUGCUAUAUCCUGUUGGGCGGAUCACCACUUUUCUUUCGAUGGGUAUGCUUAAAAUGCUAGGUCUAAAAGGUAGAAGUGAACCUUAUGUGACCGAAGAUGAACUGAAGUUGAUGUUAAGAGGAGCAGAACUAAGCGGCGCAAUAGAAGAGGAAGAACAGGAUAUGAUUGAAAAUGUUCUAGAGAUAAAAGAUACGCAUGUCAAGGAGGUAAUGACUCCUCUGGUUGAUGUAAUUGCCAUAGAUGCAAGUGCAAAGCUAGCUGAUUUCAAAAAUCUAUGGGAAACAUAUCAAUAUUCAAGAGUACCUGUUUUCCAAGAUCGGAUUGAUAACAUAGUGGGCAUUGCAUAUGCAAUGGACAUGCUGGAAUAUGUGGAAAAGGCUGACCAUCUAAAAGACUCGACUGUAAGGGAGAUUGCUCACAUGCCGACAUACUUCAUUCCUGAUUCGAUGUCUGUGUGGAACUUGUUGAGAGAGUUACGCAUUAGGAAAGUCCACAUGGCUGUUGUUUUGAAUGAAUAUGGGGGAACUGUUGGUAUAGUAACUCUAGAAGAUGUUGUUGAAGAAAUUGUAGGAGAAAUCUUUGAUGAGAAUGAUUCCAAGGGUCAUCAGUAUGAGACGGUAUCUGGUUUCAUCUGUGAAGUGUUUGGUUAUAUACCAGAAGAGGGUGGAAAGAUUGCCAUGGUUCUUGAGAAAGCAAUCGCAGAAGAAAACAGUGGUUACAAAAAUGCAGAAUCAGAUGGUUCAUCAGAGAAUGAGAAACACCAAAAAUAUGAAAUAGAGAUAGUGGAAGCUAAUGCUAGGAAAGUUGGCAAAGUCCGUUUCAAAGCAGUAAGUAGUAAAAGUUCAGACUUGGAGACAAAGGGUAUAAAUCGUCUAGUUUCUAAAAAGGUUGUUAAGCGGAAGAAGCAAAUUGAUCAACUUGAGAAGAUGAAAGAAGACAGCCCUCUCCAGUUCACAACCUCAUGAAAUGUUGAAAAUUUCUCUGUUAUCGUAGUAAUGGCAGUAACAACUGCUAAUAUUGUUUGUCUUGUUAGAGAAAUAAAAACCAAUGGUAACAUGGUAACACACUUGGUGGGAGAUAAGAGAGAAUCGAAGGAAGAAAAUAUGAAUGAUUAGGCGGAAUGUAAUCUUUUUGUUAUAAUGGCAUGAGAUUAUGUUUCCCAGCAGAUGGAUGUUGGCAGUUUGUUUUAUAUAUAUUUUUUUUCCUUGUGUUUUUCUGCUCGGAACGAACAUUCUCUUAAAUCAUGUAACGGAACAAGAAGGAGAAUCUGAUGGAUAGAUUUGGAGAUGAGAUUGUUAA